AAGGAGUUGCCACCAGGCUGGAGAAGUCAAAGAACUUGACAUUCUCAGUGCUCCAGAAGGCCUUUUUAGGUCAGGAAGGUGACAGCAGCAGUCAGUUGAUCCUGCUUGACAUGAAACGUCCCUGCGUACACUGUUGGAGCUCAGACGGAGAAUUGCAGAGGAAAAUGGCAGCUCACGCAGUCAGCGUGCUCGUCACAGGGGCCAACAGGGGCCUGGGCCUGGAAAUGGUUAAGCAAAUGGUGGAGGCCUCCCACCCAAUGAGGAAGCUGUUCGCCUGCUGCAGAGACCCAGAUGGACCCAGAGCUGAGGCCUUGCAAACACUGGCAAAGAAGCACCCUAACGUCAUCGCUGUGGUCCGUCUGGACGCCACUGACCUUUGCAGCAUCAAACAGUGUGCACAGCAGGUGGGCUCCGUGGUUGGGAACGGGGGUCUCAACCUGCUGAUUAACAACGCAGGCAUGCUGGCUAAAGGCACCUUGCAGGAAACCAGCACUGAAGACAUGCAGAACACCUUCAACACCAACGUCAUGGGCCCCAUGAACAUCAUUAAAGAGUUCCUGCCUCACCUUCGUGCAGCAGCGAAGGCCAGUGGGACGCCAGGGAUGUCCAGCAGCAAAGCAGCCGUCGUCAGCAUCUCCUCAUUUCUGGCUUCACUGGAAAUUGUAAAACAGUCAUAUGACUCCUUCCCUGCCAUUUCCUACCGCAUCAGCAAAGCAGGUUUGAAUAUGCUGACAGUGUGUGCUGCAGAGGAGCUGAAGAAGGAUGAGAUCCUGUUUUCCCUGCUCCACCCUGGCUGGGUUCGCACGGACAUGGGUGGAGACGAGGGGGACAUUGAUGCUCCGGAGAGUGUGCAGGGGAUGCUCAGUGUGAUGGCCUCCCUGACUGAGAAGCAGAACGGGGCCUUCCUGGACUAUAAGGGCAAGUCCCUCCCCUGGUAGCUUUAAACAACCACUUCCUAAACUGCAGUCAAUUACUAAAUGAACCCAAGUGAAAUAAACCAAAUACUUGUGCUCCUUA